AUGCAGACUGCUUCUACAAACAUUUGUGAAAGAAUGGGUCGCUCUCAGGAGGUCAGUGAACUCAAGCGUGGUACUGUGAUAGGUUGCCACCUGUGCAAUAAGUCCAUCCGUGACAUUUCCUGGCUACUUAAUAUUCCACGCUCAACUGUUAGUGGGAUUAUAAUAAAGUGGAAGCAACUGGGAACAACAGCAACUAAGCCACGAAGUGAGUAGAGUCAGCGCAUGCUGAAGCACACAGUGUGCACAAGUUGCCAACUGUCUACAGAGUCAAUAGCUAAAGACCUCCAAACUUCAUGUGGCCUUCAGAUUAGCACAACAACAGUGCGUAGAGACCUUCAUGGAAUGGGUUUCUAUAGC